UAUGUGUAGUUGGGGGCUGUGGAAAACAAGCAGGCUAGGAUCUUGCCUGCAGAAAAGACCAUCACCUGUUGGGGCCCACACUGAGAAGUGCUCAGGACUAUUUCAGCAGCAGCAGUAAGCUGCAGCAGCAGCCUCUGGAAGUACUGCCCACCAUUCCACUGAGGACCAUUACCGAUCCAUAGCGAAUACUUGGACUUCUGGAAUGCAGUUCAUUUUUUAAAGGAACUUUGUGCUGUAGAGGAGGGUGGUUUCCUUUUUUUCCUGGAGGCUGUUUCUGGUAGUUUUUCAAGCUGCAGUUUUAAAGUUUGAGAAAAAAGCUUGUGCAGUAGGCAGGGACAAUGGAGGAAAAUGAAAGCCAGAAAUUUGAGCUGUGCCUGGCUUAUUCAAAAGACAGCAGACAGAUGAAGGAUCAGAGAAAAAACAAUUUGCAUGUAACAUCAUUAGAUGAUGCAGAAUGUAUCCGAUCUAAAGAACACUUAGCUACUGGAAACAGUCAUACUUCGAAGUCUACCCGCAAUAUCCCUCGAAGACAUACAGUAGGUGGCCCUCGCAGCUCCAAAGAAAUACUAGGAAUGCAGACAUCAGAAAUGGACAGAAAGAGAGAAGCUUUUCUGGAGCACCUGAAGCAGAAAUAUCCCCAUCAUGCUACAGCAAUAAUGGGUCACCAGGAACGGCUGAGAGAUCAGACUAGAAGCCCAAAACUGUCUCAAAGCCCACAGCCCAGUUUGGGAGAGCAGGCAGAACAUCUAUCUGAGGCAUCUGCUGAUUCUUUAGAAGCCAUGUCUGAGGGCGAAUCCCCAAGUCCUUUUUCUAGAGGCAGCCGCACACGAGCAAGCCUUCCAGUGGUGAGGUCAGCGAACCAAACAAAGGAGCGAUCUCUAGGUGUGCUAUAUCUUCAAUAUGGAGAUGACACAAAACAGUUAAGGAUGCCAAAUGAAAUUACAAGCACAGACACUAUUCGCGCCCUCUUCGUAAGUGCCUUUCCCCAGCAGCUGACAAUGAAAAUGCUGGAGUCACCUAGUGUUGCUAUUUACAUCAAGGAUGAGAGCAGAAACAUAUACUAUGAAUUGAGUGAUGUAAGGAAUAUUCAGGACCGAUCUUUCCUUAAAGUUUACAACAAAGAUCCUGCACAUGCAUUUAAUCACACAACAAGAGCUAUGAAUGGAGAUAUAAGGAUGCAGAGGGAAAUUGCUUACGCAGGCAGAGAUGGCUCAAAUGUUUCCCGACCAGGAUCUGCUGCACAUCCUUCUCAUGCAAUUCCGAGUUCGCCACCCUCUACACCUGUGCCGCACUCUAUGCCCCCUUCUCCAUCCAGAAUCCCUUAUGGUGGGGGCAGGCCUAUGGGAGUGCCAGGAAACGCAACAAUUCCCAGAGACAGGCUCUCAAGUGUGCCAGUGUCCAGGUCCAUAUCGCCAAGCCCGAGUGCCAUUCUGGAAAGAAGGGAUGUGAAACCAGAUGAGGACCUGAGUAACAAAAGCCUUGUUCUGUUUCGCAAUGAAGGCUUAUAUGCUGACCCCUAUCUGUUUCAUGAGGGGAGGAUGAGUGUGGCUGCUUCCCAUACUGGACACCCUCUUGACAUCCCUGAUCAUAUUAUAGCUUAUCAUCGCAGCACAAUGAGGUCCUCAAACACUUACUUGAACCCCUCUAUGCAACCUGAGAUGGUGGAACAAUCAUUGUACAGACAAAAAUCAAGAAAAUAUCCUGAGAGCCAUUUGCCAACUCUUGGUUCAAAAACUCCUCCUGCUUCACCCCACAGGCUAGCUGAUGUAAGAAUGAUUGAUAUUCAUCCUCAUCAUAAUGCUCACGUACCCCCUCAUGCCAUCCAGCCCGACAGGUCUUCUCCUAGUCGCCAGUCCUUUAAAAAAGAACCAGGAGCACCUAUCUACGUGGAAACUAAAGCACGAAAUGCUGUAGGAUUAUCUGGCAUGGCUGAUGUUGUUCCAUCUGUGGCUGACAGGCAAGCGUUUGGCUACGGAUCAGCGGCAGUGCCCAAAGAUAAAGACACAAGAGAGAGGAUGCAAGCCAUGGAGAAACAGAUUGCCAGUUUAACUGGUCUUGUUCAGUCUGCGCUUUUUAAAGGGCCAAAUACAAGUAAUAGCAAAGAUGCUUCUAGUGAGAAGAUGGUGAAAAUUGUGUCCAGUAAGAGCAGCUUUGACAGCACAGGAGGUGCUCAUCUGUCUGGUGGAAAGAAUUCAUUAGCAACAGUGGAGCCAAUGGCCAUCAAUCAUCCUGCUUCUGUCAGCACUACAGCAAUGCAAGUCAGUCUGUAUGAUAUGAGGCGCAACGUGUCAGAUCUUCGGCUGCAGCUGCACCAGAUGAGGCAGCUACAGCUGCAGAACCAGGAGGUGCUGAGGGCAAUGAUGAAGAAAGCAGAGCUGGAAAUCAAUGGCAAAGUAAUUGAAACAGUGAAGAGGCUGGAGGAUCCUGUGCAGCGACAGCGCAACCUGGUGGAGCAAGAAAGGCAAAAAUACCUUAAUGAAGAAGAGAAGAUUGUGAAGAAGCUAUGUGAGCUAGAACAUUUUGUUGAGGAACUGAAGAAGGACUCCCCAGCCAAGAUAAUUACCCUGAAAGAUGUUGAGGAUGGGGCUUUUCUUCUGCGUCAAGUUGGAGAAGCUGUUGCCACCCUGAAAGGUGAGUUCCCAACACUUCAGAAUAAAAUGCGGGCAAUCCUCCGUGUUGAGGUGGAAGCUGUCAGAUUUCUGAAGGAGGAGCCCCAUAAACUGGACAGCUUGCUGAAACGAGUCCGCAGCAUGACUGAUGUCCUUACUACACUAAGGAGACACGUUACGGAAGGUCUGCUGAAAGGUGUGGAUCCUGUCCAAGCUGUGCAAUACACUGCUAUGGAAAAAGCUACAGCAGCUGAAAUCCUGAAAGCUCAAGAAGAGGUGGUACAUAUCCAUGGACACCCACAGCAAAAUGUAGCUGGAGUUACAGCAGAGUCACAAGCAUCAGUCAAAUCGGAAGUUAUACCCUUCUCUACAAUGACAGUUCAUCACAUACAGAGCUCUCCUGUGGUCAUCCAGCAGUCUCAGCACUCUUCAGCGCUGAUCAACCAUACCCAGAAUUCACCUGCAGCAACCAGCCAUUCUGUAGGUUUAUCAGCAACAAACCAUCAGACUCCCACCACUUCAGUCACUGUACCAGACUCUACAGCAGCAAGCCAGCAAUCACAGACCUCUCCGUCACCACAGGUCUCUGUCAAUGGUUCCACCAUGCAAAGCCUUUUUAUUGAAGAAAUUCACAGUGCAAGUACCAGAAACCGUGCUGUGUCAAUUGAGAAAGCAGAAAAGAAAUGGGAAGAGAAAAGGCAGAACCUUGACCACUACAAUGGACAAGAGUUUGAAAAGCUUUUGGAAGAGGCACAGGCCAAUAUCAUGAAAUCAAUCCCUAAGCUAGAGAUGCCUCCACAGUCAACAGUGAUGCCGAAAGGAGAUGCAGCAGACAAGUUAGAAGUCCCUGACAAGGUUUGCCAUGAAGACGCUCCCAACGCAGAACAAGAAAAGGACAAGCUGAUGAAGUCUCCCCCUCCACCACCACCACGUCGCAGCUACCUGCUGGGCUCGGGACUGACCACAGCACGAUCAGGAGAUGUCAUCUAUGCAGUCAGAAAAGAGGCCCCCAUUGUGAAGGAAUGCACUGAAGAUGCUGGGCAAACAGCACAGUCCAGAGUAUCUAAAGAAGAUCAGGCAUCAUCCCGGGCACCAGGGCCUGCCACAGCAUCUGUCACAAAGGAUGAGGAGGAAGAGGAAGGAGACAAAAUAAUGGCUGAAUUACAGGCUUUCCAGAAGUGCUCUAUUAUGGAUGUAAACUGUCAUGCUGAACAGUCCAGAAAUGAUACACAUGUUAAAGACAUAAGGCCUGGAUCUUUAAUGCAUCACAAGGAAAAGAAGGUGUAUGGGGAUACAGCAGGAUCUCCAAAGGAUAUUGACCAUCCUAAGGAGAAGAGGGAAGGGAAAACUGAAGAAGAGAUGGGGUCUCAUGCUUCCAGCUUAGCUGACACUAGAGUUAGCUUUUCAGUGAAUGAAAAUUCUACAUUCAGCAAGGGUUGGUCUGCAGACAAAGACUAUUCCAAGAACAACUUGAGUAGUGUCAGCACAAGUCUCACCAGUAUCAGCCUGCCAAAAGAUGACCGAAGUAAAGAAAUGCAAGAUGUCUUAGAAGGGCGUUAUCCAGCCAUUGAAAAUGGAAAACAAAAGCUGAGCUAUGGAAUAUUGAGAGAUGUUGGGCCCAGCAUGCCCCAAAAUGAACCAGUAGAAAGUACAGGCAAACGUAUCCCUGUUGGCAACGUCUUGCCUCUUAAGAGGCAAACAGAAUUACAAACUCAAGAUGCAUCCUCACCUAAGUCACCACAGGAGCAAGAGGUUCCUACAGUUGACUACAGUCAGGUUGUUCUCAGGCCUAAAAUAUCAAGAAAUGCUAAUGUAAACUAUAUUGAGGAGACAGAUUCUCUAACUAGCUCUCCAAGUGAAGAAAACCCACCAACAGAGAAUAUUGCUUUUAUGAUUACCAAAACGGCUGUUCAGGUUCUGUCAAGUGGAGAAGUUCACGAUAUAGUAAGCAGAAAGGGAGGAGAUAUACAAACAGUUAACAUUGAUGGUGGAAAGGACAAGACAUCACAGCAAGGUCUGCCAGAGAUUACAGAGAAUGAAGAACCAGUAGUUUGUCUGGAUAAAAAACCAGUCAUCAUCAUUUUUGAUGAACCCAUGGAUAUCAGAUCAGCUUAUAAGAGACUUUCAACCAUAUUUGAGGAAUGUGAUGAGGAAUUAGAGAAAAUGAUGACAGAGGAGAAAAUAGAAGAGGAAGAGGAGGAUGAGGAGGGAGAAAAUGAGAUGUCAGUGAUGCAGAAUAAAGAAUUACAAACAGUUACUGAUGGGAAAGCAUCUGCAUAUUAUUCAAGAAGUCAGAGACGUGAGCAACAAUAUAAAUUUCCACUUCCGUCUGAUUCUAGCUUCAACGAAGUCACAAUUCCUGAGGAGAAAGAAAUCACAAAGAGCAAGUUUAACAAAUUUAACCAAAUGUAUGGUCUGGAUUCAGAAGUGAAGUUGGAUUCUCCUGACCAGUUUGGAAGCAGGCAGGAUGCUAAGAAAAAGUUUAAAUUUAAGUUCCCUAAAAAGCAGCUGGCUGCCCUAACUCAAGCAAUACGUACAGGAACCAAAACAGGAAAGAAGACCUUGCAGGUCGUGGUUUAUGAAGAGGAAGAGGAAGAUGGGACUCUAAAGCAACAUAAGGAAGCUAAAAGAUUUGAAAUUACAAGAUCUCAGCCUGAGGACAAUGACACAAAUGCUUCUGGGAACCAAGAACUCGCUCUUGAGACUACAGCACAGACUUCCAGGACUGAUGAAAUUCGAAAGAAUACAUACAGAACACUAGACAGCCUUGAGCAGACAAUUAAACAACUGGAGAAUACCAUCAGUGAGAUGAGUCCAAAGUCUGUCCCUGAAAGCGCACACAGCGUUGAGGGAACCACUGUCCCAUGUUCUUCCCAUAUAGCACAAGAAAUUCUGCCCAGAGAACCCGUAGUUUUGGAUGACAGUCACGCGGGGGUAGAGCCCCCCUCAUCAAUCCCUUCAGCUUCACGUAAGGGCUCCAGUGGCACUCCACAGACCAGCAGGAUGCCUGUACCCCUGGCCACAAAAAGUAGACAACAAAACAGCUUGGAUAAAGCAGGCAAACAGCACAAGCUACAGGACCCACGCCAGUACAGACAGGCUAAUGGAAGUGCUAAGAAAGCUGGUGGGGACUAUAAAGCUACUUCUCCUACCCUACUUGCUUCUAAGAUCCCAGCCUUUUCUCCUACUUCAGGGAAAAGCAGCUCUGUGCCUGCUUCUAAUGCUGAUAGCUCUAACCCUCUUAUUCCACCUACUAAAUCAUCCCUUCCUUCUUCUAACCGCCUCAGUCCUCCAACAGGUCGCAUUACUUACUCUACCUCCCUAAUUCCUUCAGUCUCUAAUGGCUCCUUAAAGUUUCAAAACCCCACUUCUACAGGUAAAGGUCACCAUCUUUCAUUCUCACAACAGACUCAAAAUGGCCGGCCAUCCCCUCCUUCCUCCUGUUCCCCCCCUUCCUCUACUUCUCCCACUUCACUGAAUCAAGGUUUGAAGAGCAUCAAGACAAUCCAUACACCUAGCUUCACCAGCUACAAGUCACAGAAUGGAAAUGCCAGCAAGUCCACUCCACCCACAGCCAAGGAAACAUCUUAAAGGAUAAAUACUAGUGUGCACAACUUCACCGAGGCUUUUAUUCAUUAUCAGUGAAUCCGCGAACAAUAUUUUAGCAGGGGAAUGUAUCCAUUUUGCUGUAUCAGUUGAGGCUUAAUACUAAACGUGCUAAAUACUGAAUUAAGAUUAUAGAUUAGAGUGAAACUGUUUUGUAAAGCUGUUGCUACUGUAAUUAUGAUAGAGCAUUUUCUUCCUAUAUCCAGCACCUGUUACAAAAAGUGCAAAGGUAUGUGCGAGCGAGUGUUAGUGAACUUGAAUGUGUGUACCCAAACGUACUGAGCAUGGAGAAAAAUGUAUGGUUCGAGAAUUUUGGUAAUUGUUUUGUACAAAGCUAUUUUUCAUUAUGGUGACUAGAAGCAAACAGAGAUAUAUACUAAAGUGUGAUUAUACACAACUGUAAAACUAAAAUAUUUUUUCUUUUAUUUUAGUGUUAUUCAGCUUUGUUACAGAUUUCUAUUUUUGUCAACAAAAUGUCAUGGUUCCUUUCAAGAUCUUUUUUGCCAAAACAUUUUGAUACUAUUAUAAUAUACAUUUAAAAGUAGUAUGCUGGACAGUAAACCUCAACACAAGAAACAGAGUAAGACUGGUAUCAGUGUGUAUGAGGCAAAUAAACCUAUUGCACUGCCAUUCAGAUUAUAUUUAAUAAUUUGCUUAUCCAAGAAAAAUAAAUUGUUUUUCAUAUAGGUAUUUGCUUGAUUACUUUUAUUCUUAGCUAAAUCCACCUUUUCUCCUUCUAUUUUGUUUUACUGGUAACCUCAUACUGUAUUGCAUUGUGGGUUUUAAAAUGUACACUUCUGUACUGUUCUGUAAACUGCAAACUUGUGUAAAUAUAUAAAUAUAUAUAAAUAAAUACGGUAUGUGGCUGGGCACAUAGAGUAGUUUUACCACACCAAAGUUAAUUUUUAUGCAUGCUUUCCAAAUAGAGAUAUAUAUAUAUAUAUAUAUAUAUAUAUAUAUAUAUAUAUGGGAAAGGGGUGGAAAAGGUGGAUAUUGGUCAAAUGGAAAAAAGUGCACACAAGCUUGCACAGAUUGUGCUUUUGUAAAUAAAUAUAUUUGUAUAACACCAUAAUGUAAGAUACAGAACUAUGAUAAGCAAAGAUCUUUGCAAAAAAUAAAGGGCUGCAUGCUUA